AGGCACAUCAUCUUGGGUGUAUUUUGGGGUUGAGAUGCUAUUGAUGUUGUACGAGACAUAUUAGAAAAUAGGCAGGAGAGCCCGAUAACACAUGAGCCAGAGGUUUUAGUACUCUCUCUUUCACAUCUUGUGGUUCAGAACGGAGCAUCAGUCGCAGCCUUGGGAUUCUUCGACAUGGUUGAUAUCUGGGGUACCUUGUAUCCUUGUCCGGAAGGAUUCCUUUUUGUCUUCUAGAAAAAGACUUGCCUCUUAGCUUAUAACACAUCAUCACGGCAGAACACAUAUUCACAUAUGAAUACUCGGCCAUGGAUCAAUAUAGAUACAAUAUGUGUAUAAUUUCCCUUUCCGUCACCGAGUACAUCGUACGCCUCGCAGAAGAAACGUCUCGUAGAUACUGAAUUCCAACAAUCUUACCUCUAUGAUCUCAUGCUCUGCUGGUGAUUUUCCUCUUCCCUUUCCCCUCAUCCUCGCCCGAUGCCCAUGUCCCAAAUCCUCGUUCUAUAAAGUCUACCGCGUAUCCUGUCCCACACUUUAAUCGUCGCAUGGAAAAACGCUCAUUCUUCAACCCAUAUCCAUGAAUUAUCAACAGAUCAACUCUGUUUUCAGAUAAUGAUACCCACUCAACUCAUAUCCAUACCAUAAUGCCCGCCCGCAAACCCACAUCCUCUCCCAACACCAACAACCACAACCCAUCAAGAACCUCUUCUCAAAACCACAACGGCCCCUAUCAAAACGACUGCGUAAAAAUGACCGAAACAACAAUAUCCGAAGAAUCAGAUAUCAAAUGUACCCCCGUAUCAAAAGAAACAAAAACCACUUCUUCACCGGCGAGAAAUGUCUCGGUAGACAAAGUUACCUCUUCAUCCAUAACGCCCAACAGCGAAGCCUCACAUGAAGCCUCGCGCCACAAUGGGACAGAGACAGAGACAGGGAUAGGGUUCCCUCGCUACUCACCGGGCGCUGUGGAAAAGCCACCUCGGUUCUUGGAGAGAAAUGGAUACGGAUAUGAUCUCGAUAUCGAUAGCGACUUCGCUAUGAAUUUGGAUAUGAAAAACAACACAUACGUCGACGACGAUGAUGAUGAUGAUGAUGCAUAUCAUUACACAUACAAACCCAUCCCAUCCCUACCUCAUCCAUCCCACUCCCCUCCACCCUCCCUAUCCUCCCACAUACCCCGCGCCCCUCAUUCCCUCCACACCUCCGACCUCAUCUCUUUUUUCCCCGACCUAGAAAAUUGUGCUGAGCACUUCAACGACUAUUUCAAAAACAUCAGGUUCUUCGAGGAUCCUAUCACUAUACGUAUACCCCGAGAUACAGAACCCGACCGCCAGUCUCAUGAUACUUCAGAUUCAGAAGCUUCUAGACGCGACGAACGAUUAGAAGAAGAAGAAGAUGAUGAUGAUGAUAAACAGAACUCCAUUCCUAAAAGUGGAGGAAGCAAAAAGACGGAUUCUCGCAUACGCAUUCAUGUAGAUGAGUCUUCCCAGCAGACAUCCUCUAUUCCUCACAUCUCAGAUUUAGAUGCGGAGUACGAACAAAAUUCUCGCCUUGAUUUAUAUCCCGAGAGUGAAUCUGAUACUUCUUCUUCUGUAUCAUCGUCGUCAGCGUCAUCAGAAGAUAAAGUGGAUGGAUGUUAGAAGAUCUUGAAGAUUUCAUGGGAUGGGCUGGGGGAUUGGCUGGGAGGAAUUUGUCAUGAUAUGGUAGAAUAUAUAAUGAUAUGAUGCACAUCCCAACAACCACACACAAGGAGGAUAAAUGCAUAUUUAGCGAUAAAACAGAGUCUUCCUUUUAAAAUAAUACGGAGGUUAGGAGGAGGGGUGGGAGAAAAAUUGCAAAAAAACUAUCGUGUAUCAGACACUCUGG